CGCCUGAGAAACAUGCAAAGCGUGUCUUGAGCCAAAGAACCGGAUUUUGUUGUCUAAAACCUAAAACUGAGCCUGAAAAUGGCUGAGGACGGGACGGUCCUACCGGCUACGACUGUGGAAUCGAAGAAGAUAAACGCAAUCGACAAGGAAACGGUUCACAAAAUAUGCUCCGGCCAGGUGGUUCUGAAUUUAGCGAUCGCUGUGAAGGAACUGGUGGAGAAUUCGCUCGAUGCUGGCGCUACACUGAUCGAGGUGAAACUCCGCGAGCACGGUUCGGAGUUGGUCGAGGUCGCGGAUAACGGUAGUGGAGUGGAGGAGAAGAAUUUUGAAGGACUAACGGCCAAGUACCAUACGUCGAAGCUUAGGGAGUUCACUGACCUUGAAUCGAUCGAAACAUUCGGCUUCCGAGGUGAAGCGCUAAGUUCUCUCUGCGCCCUCUCGGAUAUGGUAAUAGUGACACGCCACAGUACGGCCAGUCACGCCACCAAACUUUCGUUGAAUCACGAAGGACACAUACAGCGCAAGGAACCAUGCGCCCGUCCCGUCGGUACGACCGUUACGCUUACCAACCUGUUCUCCACACUGCCCGUGCGCAAAAAGGAGUUUCAGCGGAACAUAAAGCGCGAGUUCUUGCGUAUGUGCCAGAUCCUGCAAGCCUACUGUCUGGUUUCGGUCGGGGUGCGCAUCAUUUGCACGAAUCACAGCACCAAAGGAGCCAAAUCGGUCAUCAUGAGUACGCCCGGAUCGCAACGCGUGCUCGAUAACGUUACGGCGCUCUUUGGACCACGCCAGACGGCCGAUCUCUUGGAGCUGAAGCCAGCAAUCGGAAGCAACGGGAAAAUCCAGGAUUUGGAAGAAAGCGAUUUCGAUGAUAGCCUGGCGCUCACACAGGAAGAGGUUGACAACUUUAAUCUCUCGCAGUACACGAUCGAGGGAUACAUCUCGAGCUGUGCGCACGGUGCUGGGCGUAGCAGCAAGGAUCGACAGUUUUACUUCGUCAACUCACGUCCCUGCGAACCCCGGCAGAUCAGCAAACUGAUCAACGAUGCAUACCAUCGCUACAAUGUUAGCCAGCAACCCUUCGUCUAUCUUAACCUGAAACUCGAUCGAUCGGAGGUGGACGUGAAUCUGACGCCCGACAAACGGAUGGUGCUGAUGAACAAGGAGAAAAUCAUCAUGCUCGCGAUUCGCAAAUCGAUCAAGAAGACGUUCGGCAAUGUGCCUUCCUCUUUCAAGGUGCAGAAUCUGAAUCUCAGCGAUUCGAGUCGUCUCAUGAAUCUAUCGCUACCGUCGGAUAAGGAGGGCGAUGAUGACGAAGAAGGGAACGAUCAUGAGAAGGGGAUCGAUAGUUGCAGUACAAGCGAAAUGCAGUUCACAUUCGAGAUACCGAAAGCAACCAGUUCCGGUACGGGAUUGAAGCGUAAACGAACAGGAACGUCUAAUGGUUUGCAGAAAAUAUUAAAUUUCACCACCUCCUCAUCGUCUUCUGCGAACGCCAAAGACUCUACUGAACAGGAUGAUUCGAUGUGCGAAGAGGAACAGCAGACACGAUCAGUGAAGAUGGUAAAGAGUGAGGAUAAUCCUUACGAUCUAACGAUUCUACGUCCGGAAGCUGGAGCUGAACGGCAAACCAAGGAUCAAUUUCAGCCAGCUGAAGAAGGUGAACGCGUCCGUGUGAUAAGAUGUACCCAAACAGAGCUUCCUGCUUCGCCAACGGAUGUGCUUCCUCCAUCGUCAGCAUUACCGGCGAGCGACGGAACCUCCUCACAGGAAUCCGUCUCCCAAAUGGUAUCAAAACUCAGCUGUACCGUGGAGCAAACGUCUUCGAGCGAAUCCAUUUCGCCAUUUAAUGCAUCCCCGAUUGAAGGAAUCGCAAUCAAAAAAGAAUCAACCGAAAUCAUCAACGGUGAAACGAUCGUAAUCGAUGAGGCCCCUUCCGAAGAGGAUGAGCAGGAUGAGUUACGCAGGCGCAACCAUCACCAGCUUCUGGUAUCGCUCGACAGCCUGGAACCACUGAUCGAGCGUGAAAAGAAGCUGCAGGCGGAAAAGAUAGCAAAACGGUGCUCACUGACGCGACUGCGGUUCAAGAGCAAAAUCAAUCCAACCAGCAACAAAGCGGCCGAGAACGAGCUACAGACGGAAAUAACGAAAGCUGAUUUCGGAGCGAUGGAAAUCGUGGGCCAGUUCAAUCUCGGCUUUAUCGUGUGUCGUCUCGGUGACGAUUUGUUCAUCGUCGAUCAGCAUGCCACGGAUGAGAAGUACAACUUUGAGGAUCUGCAGCGUACGACGGUACUGCAGAACCAGCGGCUCGUUGUACCACAACCACUCGAGCUGACUGCCGUGAACGAGAUGGUGCUAAUCGACAAUCUGGAUGUGUUCGAGAUGAAUGGCUUUAAAUUUGAGAUCGAUGGUGCCGCUGCGACGACUCGCAAAGUUCGACUCAUUGCAAAACCAUUCAGCCGGAACUGGGAGUUUGGCAAGGAGGAUAUCGAUGAGCUCAUCUUUAUGCUGCAGGAUGCACCGGGAACGGUGUGCCGGCCUUCGCGUGUACGGGCCAUGUUUGCAUCCCGGGCCUGCCGUAAAUCGGUCAUGAUCGGUACGGCGCUUUCGAUGCGCGAGAUGGAGCGUCUCGUGCGCCACAUGGGCGAGAUCGAGCAACCAUGGAACUGUCCACACGGACGACCCACGAUGAGACAUUUGGUGAACCUUGCGAUGAUCAAUCGUGUCACGGAACCAGAUACUUCAUGAGCAGAACCAGAUGACGCCGAACACAGUGUGCGAUCGUGUAAAUAAAGCCCAAAGAGCCAUUUUGCUUU